UAGCCACAGUGGCUGCAGUCCCUCAAAACUCAGGCUGGCGGCCUCCGCGUUGGUCUCCUUCCCCACGUUGUCGCAAUGCUGCGACCUUCCGCCCUUCCCAAGUUUUCCCACACCACACUUCGCAGCACUUCCCAACCAUUCUUCCACAUUCAUAUCUUCCCCUUAGCUGCGCUUUUACACUACACACUCUCCGCUAGCUUCUACCACCCUCAUCCUCACUCACCUUCUCCUUAGGCACCGAUCUUGUAUGCGCCAGGACAUGCACAAGCUUGUACUGCUCCUGUUGCUAGCUUCCCUGCUUGGAUCAGCAGCAGCAACAACGACUCCAAUCAUGGACUACACAUUACCUGUUGCUUCGUUAGAGGAACAGUUCCUACAAGAUUCAGACGGCAUGUUUCACCUCUUCUGUGAUUACUGCGCUGCUCCAGUCUGGCAGUGCUCGUGUGCUAUGACACGACCACCUUACAUUGAUCCUGCCAUGGUCUACCGUCAGCUUGAAUAUAACGAGCCGCAUACGAGCUACGACCCGAUCGCGUUUGACCUUGCGCCUGUCGCCGCAUUCGUCUCUGGUCGCAGUCAUGAGCAACUACCUACCGACCGGCGUAUACAAUACUCAAACGAGAAUGCCACGGCAUCACAGGCACGCACUGUAUACCCCUACGCUGAGGAACCACACACCCCCGUCCCUGCAUACGUCACCGAUCGCACUCCCGAGCAGCUAUCCAUCGACGAGGGUGUUCAACGUAUGAAUGAGAACGCGACGACGGUACAAUCGAGCACCAUACAAGCCCAUGUUGAAGACACAUACACGCCUGGCGACCGUCAACAGCCAACACCACCAGCGGUGUCACGCCGACCACCGACUACACGGCAGGCACUUCGACCAGGUGGAUACCCUUGCACGUUUGGGGGAUGCGGAAAGGCAUUCGACCUUGCUUAUAAGUUGCACCGUCAUGAGAAACAACACUUGCCUAGCUCCGAGCGGCGUCACAAGUGUUCCAUCUGUAAUGAGGGCUUCUUGUACCCAAAGGACCUUAUACGGCAUCAUGUCACACAUAACAAGAAAUCCGUGACCUCAGCCAAGCACUUAUGCAGUUUCCGCAACUGUGGUAAGAGCUUUCCGCGACGCGAUAACCUCGCACGACACGAGCGAAACCAACAUCCACCGGCUCAGGUGACUGUUGAGUUGCCGAUUAUAGGUUCGUCGACAGCAUAGACUCGAUAUGGCUAUAUGUCGACGGGGGGUAAUGCUACUAAUGCUCCCUCUGUCCUUCACGCUUCGGCGUUUUAGAAGGACAGUUUUCUUUCUUUGCUCUUCUACCUUUAGGGCAUCUGUAGACUCUUCGAUCUCGCUCCAAAUUGUUUUUGUGUGAGCACCGACGUUCCGCUCGAUUUCAUUCCUCGAUUCCCAUUCGGUUUGUUUUAAUGUUGUCUUUACCGCUUGGUUCGUUCAAUAAUACCCCUU